AACCAUGUCUACAGAGGACAACAUUCAUGCAAAAAGAUAAAUUAUGAAUAUUUGUUCGCAAACAAAUUUCUUGUGUAUAUGAAUGAGAGACAGUACAAUAAAUUGUUUACAAAUAUCGUCUGUCAACUUUAACCUUUUCUUAACCUGCAUUCUAUUGUAUUGUGAUUGGUCAGCUGGAGCACGCCGUUAAAUAAUUUUGUAAUUUACACAACAGUAGGUGUAUAUGUGUCUACUUCAAUAUAAUUAUAGUGUUGUGAUGAUUUCGUUUAUGCGGCAAAAAUGGAAUUAAUAAACCUGCAAAAAGUAGAAAAAGAAGAAUUAAAUCUCUGUUGAUCUUGGAUUAUUAUCUGGUUACUGAUUUUUAGAGAUGUAAGGCUGCAAAAUUUACAAAUGUUACGGGAAACUGGGAAAGAGAUAGACAGAUAUGAUUCCAAAAGUUAACUGCAUUACAGCAUGCUUAUGUCACUAUAAGUUAGGAAUUUUAUUAUUCCUUGUCUUGAAUGAUAUUGGACAGACAUAUGGAGGUCUUACUAUAAACUUUAUCAGCAGUAAUUGUGGGAGGGAGUAUAGUCUUGAUGUUCGUAAAUCUGCACAAAUUGAGCAUAAAGGGUCAGACAUUUUACAUGAUGACAAGUGUAAUUUGGGAUUUUCCAAAAGUCAGGUCUAUGAUGAUCAAUUAAUUUGUGUUUCUGGUCAGGAAAUAAAGCUAGAUUGUAGGACACAACUUGAAUACCAUGCUGGAUAUAUAAAGGAUAACAGAUCUGAUGCAGAGAAAUCAAUGACAUGCAGUAAUGCGACACUCGAUAAAUGGUGUGCAAAAUCAUACCAAAACACUGUUUACAUUGUAAUAAGAAAAGCAGCUGAUGUGACAUCUGAUGUUAUAAGAUUAGAAGUUUAUCUGAAAGAUGCACCAAGUCACGGACCAAGAAAUGCUUUGAUAAUAUUUGGCAGUUUUGUUGUAAUGUCAUUGAUUUUAGUGGCUUCUCAAGUGUGCAGACGUCAGAGCAGACAGGGACAUCUUGAAAGUAAAUAUGAUGCAGACACAGGAGCAAUUACUAUGCAGACAGGUGAAAGACAAACGGAUGGCGAUGAUGAUACUAUAGAAGGUGGAUUAACAGAAAAUUCUGACCUUGUUUCAAUGGAAACAACAGUUGAAAACGUCAUGGAAAAGUGCGAGACAUGUGACAGACAAACGGACGGCAAUGAUGAUGAAACUAUUAAAGGCAGAAUAACAGAAAAUUCUGACAUUGUUUCAAUGGAUACAACAGAUGAAAACGUCAUGGAAAAGAGCGAGCCAUGUGCUCACGAUUCAACCAUCACUGGACAUUUGGAAACAAUAACCGUCGAGAGACAGAGGAAAGGACCGCCUCAGAAUAAGAUAAUAGUCCCACCUCCAGCUUAUGAUGUUGUUCUGAACAAGAAACAAUGAUGCUGGUCAGAUUCAGGGAGGGACAUUAUGGCAACACUACUGUAACAGUAUUUUAUUCAUUGUUGUUUUGAUUGGUUGAAAUGUAAGCAGACUACCUCAAAUGUAAAAAAAAAGGAUUGUGAUAUUACUAUUGUACCUUUACAAAAAAAAUACUACAUACUUAGUAUAUGCAAUUUGAACAUUCGUAUUCAUCAUUUCACUUUGAAUUUCACCUUUAAUUAGCUUAAAGAAGGGAAGAUUAUGACAGGCAAACUACUUUUGGUGCUAAAUGGUAGUUAUCAAGAUAUUUUUUUUAAAUGUUUUUUGUCAAAUUGUAUUAAAAAUGUCAGAUUACCCAGAUAAGUCAAUCUUAUUUCAGUAUUUUGGAAAAAAAAUCAUCAUUUCAAAGUUUUAUUGAGUCUGAUGAAUAGCUUUUUAUUUUGUUUCUUUCAUUGAAGUGACAUAAUGCCCGUCCAAAAAUCAAGUGUUAGUCAAUUGCCAUUAUAAAUUGAAGUGACAUAAUGCCCGUCCAAGAAUCAACUGUUAGUCAAUUACCAUUAUAAAAGCCAGUCUUUUGAAAUAUAUACAAUGUACACAAUGUAGUCAAUUAAGCUCAACUUGACAAUGAAAAUAUGAGCAUAAUGUCAGUUGAAUCUUUUAGUCAAUUUCAAUUUUUGUUAUGAAUAGUUUUAUAUUUAAAUGACUGUUUAAAGUAGACAAAGUCUGAUAUAACAUUAUGAUAUAACAUUGUAUUCCUUUAAAAUGCAUUCUUAUAUGAUAUGUAUUUUUGUUAAACCUCCUUUAAAAAUGUGCGGGAUACAAUUAUCUAUGCACAUGUUUAAUGAAGGUUCCAUUUUUAGCUCACCUGUCACAAAGUGACAUGGUGAGCUUUUGUGAUCACUUUUCGUCCGGCGUCCAUCCGGCGUCCGUAAACUUUUACUUUAAACGACAUCUCCUCAUAAACCGCUAAGCCAAUUUAAUCCAAACUUCAUAGGAAUGGUCCAUUGGUGGUCACCUUUAAAAAUUGUUCAAUGAAGUAAAUGAAACAUUGUCUGAUGAGUUUGUUCAAAUAAAAGCCCUGGGGUCAAAAUUUGCUGGGCCCCGGGGGUCAUUGAUUUCAUUUCGUUCCGUUGUUAACUUACCAUACGGAAAAUACAUUAAGAUUUAGUUCUCCUCAACCAUUACAGUAACACGCAAAACUUAAUGAGCGUCUAGAUGAUCAUGAUCAAACAGGAAAUCAGUAUCACAAGACGCUAUUAACCUCAGUUAAAUUUUCUGCGCCAUUGCAGUCGGACACGUGUUUUAUGUUCUCUUUUAUUUUCAUUUUAGUGAACUGUUUUGAGGAUUUAUUUGUUUUAUUUUAUAAGUAUAAUAUGGCAGAAGCCGUGUUAGUUCAGGAAAAAGAGAAAUUAUCCGAAACUGAUUCGGAAAUUUCGUCUAAAAUAGUACGAAAAAGAAAACAUCGUCGAGGGGUAAGUCAUCUGCUAAGUCUAAAGACGAUGAAAAUUCAUUGGUUUUCUUAGAGAAGAAAUUGAAUGACAAGUUUGAGGAGCGUUUUUCUUCUUUUGACUCUAAGUUAGACAUGUUGACAAAUUUGUUGUCUAAUAAUAUGUCUCGGGAAGGGAACGAGGACACUUACGUUGCUAAGAAAAGUUCCAAGUCUUUACGUACACAGGUCACAGACGAGGCAAUUAGUGCUGCUCGCAGACCACUUCUAUCCCUGGAUAACAGCUUAAAUAGAGAUUAUGGUAUUGCACCUGAUAGGGGUGUACAUUCACAGAUUGCGCCUGAUAAGGGUGUACAUUCACAGAUGCAUUCUGACGUUUUAUCAGUGAUAGUUUCUGAGUCGAAGAAACGUGACAGUGGUUUGUUUGAUGAUGAAUCAGACAGACAUUCAGUGGCUUUCUCGGGAGAGCAAGUUGAUCCAGAGUCUAGCAGUCGUAACAGCCGUUUCAGUAAGUAUGUGACUUUGACUGAAGAGGAAAGAAAUAAAUCACUUUUGAAUAUGUUUAGUGAAGAUGCACAAACUAAAAAGUUAAAACCUGAUGUAGGAAUUAUUUUAGAUGACUCUCAAAUGAACAUUCUGUCUCAAUCUUACAGAAGUGAAAAUCCUGAUAAAUUAACAAGUUUUAAAGACAGUUACAGGUAUGAUUUUCCAGUACAUGAAGUUGAAAGUUUUUUUCAAGUACCUAAAUUAGAUGAUACAGUUGAAUCAUUGUUGAUCAAAAAAUAUGGACACAAGGCAGCUUUUGGCCAUGCUCCUUCUUUGUUUAGUAAAUCUAUGCGGUCAAUGGAACGAUUGGCAUUUCAUGGACAGAUGGCUUCACGCAUGGGUAUGAUUAUGUGUUGUUAUUCACAGCAGAUUUUGUGUUCCCUGUUAGAAUGUUUACAACAGAAAGAUUGUAACUUGGAUUUGGCUGUUCAAAUGACAAGAGAUGUUUUUGCCAUUUCAACUAAAACUUUUGAUCAGGUGGCUAGAACUGGCGCCUUUAAUCAUCUUUUGCGAAGAAAUGCUGCUCUUCAUGAUACAGGCUUGAAUGAUUUGAAAGAUUAUUCUUCAACAGUUAUCACUCUGCCUCUUACAGCGGAAGGGGUGUUUGGGUCUACUUUUGAUCAGAAGUUGAAAGCCAAACAGGAGCGAAACAAGCAAAUUAAUUAAGGUAUUACCAGAUAGUAUUUUUAGACAAGCUAAGUCACCUUCUGUUUUGUAUAAGAGGAAGUUCACUCCCAACAAUGAAAGGAGUUAACUAAGAAACCAAAAUAUUCAGAGAAGUCAUCCAGUGGACCUCGUAACUAUUCUUCAUAUUCAAGUGGGGGUUUCAAGAUCCCACGUUUGGGCUAUAACAAGCCAGUGCAGAAAUCAAAGGUGAGUUCUUUUCGUAAUACAAAAUCAUUUUCAGAUAAAGCAUGACGAGAAAGUAAUGAUGAUGUUUCCCCAUUUACCUGUUGGCGGCAGACUAAAAUAUUUCAUAAAUCAGUGGGAAAUGAUAACAGACGACAAAUGGGUGUUGUCAACCAUCAGAAAUGGCCUCAAACUGGAAUUUACUCAAAUUCCAAAUUUUACAGGUAUAAGAAUUACAAAGGCACCUCCAGAUCAGAUGAAACUUAUUUACUCAGAGGUGGAAAACCUUUUAGAAAAAGGGGCUAUAGAAAAAGUUCCAUUGCAGGAAGUAAUGGAAGGUUUCUACAGCACGUUUUUCCUUGUCCCAAAAAAGAAUGGGGAAAUGAGGCCAGUUAUCAAUUUAAAGCCGCUAAACAGAUACAUGGUGAAACAGCAUUUCAAAAUGGACACACUUUCGAAAGUUCUAAAUUUAGUCAAAAAAGACCAAUUCAGUUUCACUUUAGAUCUAAAGGAUGCUUAUAUGCACAUUCCAAUUCACAAGAACUACAAAAAGUACCUUCGUUUUUGCAUAAACAAUCAAUGUUACCAAUUCACAGCGUUAUGUUUCGGUCCAAGCCAGGCUCCACGAGCAUUCACAAAAGUAAUAUCAGUAGUUGCAGCAUACUUACGAAUGUUAAAUGUCCACCUAGCCUCGUAUCUAGACGAUUGGCUAGUAGUGAAAUCUCAAAAGAUAGCACUGCUGUCAGAUCAAAAGACGACAGUCAGUUUUGAAAAUAUUUUUUCCAGACAAAUGUACCAUUUGAUGUAGGUUAAGACCACUAAUCUUUGUGCAAAAUUUUAGAUCAUUCGCGCAAUUCGUUUUUCCAGAAUAAUUAUUCAAAUUGUAAAA